CCAACAACAAAUCAUGAAAAUACACACUCUGUCUUUUCAUGUACGUUUCAUGAAACAAUUGCUUUAUAGAUUAUAGCCGAUGUCGAAUGUUGAGAUAUGCCAGGUGGCGUAUGAAGGCCGCAUUUCGCGGCUCAAGGCCCUGCUCGAAACAAAUCCCAAACUCAUAUCUGUUGCGGAUCAGAACUGCAGACAACCCCUUCAUUGGGCCUGUUCGGGUGGCCACCGGGACGUUGUAGCCUUCAUCCUCAACUGCUGCCUGGCUAUCGAGGGAACUAUUGACGUGAAUACUCCAGAUGAUGCAGAGUACACGCCACUGCACAUAGCAACCAGCUCGGGGCACCUCCACAUUGUGAUACUGCUGAUCCAGACUGGGUACUGUGAUGUUAACUCUAUAACGAACCAGGACCAGACUGCUCUCUACUUUGCUGCCAGCAAAAACUGGAUCGAGAUAAGUGAAGUUCUUCUGGCGUCACAUGCUGACCCCAACAUUUGCAACAACCUUAGAUCCACCCCACUUCACAAGGCCGCUCAGAAAGAGCAUAUACAGAUAGUGAAAAUGUUGCUUGAUACUGGAGCCCACAUCAACGCUAAAGAUAUAGACGGAAACACUCCGCUGCACUUAGCCUGUGAGGCAAAUCAUAUUAGGACGAUAAACUUUUUGAUUGAAAGAGAUGCAAAAACGGAUGUCCUCAACAAGCUGGGGAAGAAGCCGCUGGACCUGUGUAAUCCCACUAUCAGAGGAAUGGUGAUGAACAACAUUGGCAACAUCCACAACUGAAAAUCUCACUAGGCAUUCGGCUGGAAAUGCGAUAACUGACGAAGGAAAGGAGCUAAAGUUUGCAAGAUGGACUGACCAUUUGACCAUCUGUCUCAGAAGAAGGCCGCGUGGAAUUCACAUUAUACUCUCUGAAUUCCAUUUAUAUUGCUUCCGAGUCACAAGUUUGUGACGAAAAUAUAUUCUCAUUGUAACCGCACCAAGUAUCGGGACCUACCCCUCCCCUGUAGAAUAUUUAUUGUAUUACCCGUAUUUUGUGUUGAGAAUAUGAAGCAAUUUUCCGCAAUUUGAAGCCCUCAUCAAGCUGGUUAAUUUUUAUAUUUAUUAUUUUAAUCAGAGAUUGACUUAUGAAGAUUGUUAUUAUAAAUGGAUGGAGUGUGGCAAAAUAUCGGUUAAAUUAUAAUAUUUUAAUACGGUAGUUUUCUACGGUCUAGUAGUGUUUUAAACAUUGUUAUCUAAGACUACUUAGAGGGAAAUAUUAAUAGUUAUUGUUUGCGAUUUGGGACAAUACUCGACUAACAACAUUCCUUACACCUUAUACUGAUAGUUGGCCGAGACCCCAUUCAGUGCUCAUAACCCCACCUUAAGUUAGCUGACUGCUAGUAUUGCCGUGAAACUGUGGCAGUGGUGUUGCAGGCGACAGCCUAACAUGUUUGUUCCCUGGUCGAGUAUUGUCCCUAAAGUCUGGAUAUUGUUUCUUGCAGAAAUUUUCAGAUGCAGGUGGCCUGGCAGCCAGGAGGAAAACCUGUUCAUUGUUUUAAAAUACCUCCGUGUAAGUGUAGGUUACGUGCGUUAAGCCCAUCUUGAUUAAAGUUCAUUUUAUUGCUGAUUUAUUUUCCGCUGAUUGUUAAAUGAUUUGGUCAUGGUUUUCGGCAUAAGUAUUUCGUUAUUCUCACCUUUUUUAUCGCAUUCUUGAUACGCAGGUUGAGGUUAUGUCAAGAACUCUUAGUCGUUUCCAAUCUCGAUUUGAAGAUGCAAUUUUUGUUACAACUGGAUAAUGUGGGCUAACAGAGUGAGGCUGGUUGCGCUUGACAUUCUCUCCUACAAGACUUUGAAAUUUUACAAAACUUCACCCUGACACGAGGUCACUAAAUCCAUAAUUGCAUACUUGAAUAUAUGAAAUACAAGCCGAACUUGCGGCAAUUGCGACUGAUGAUUAGUUGAUUACGGCGUAAAAAACGUGAUCAAGCUAACUUAAUUCAACAUGAACAACUAAAGGAAUUUCCCUAGAAUUUAAAACUUAUGUUGGUCACUAAAUUGCUGUACGGAGAAAAUGGCUGGCCUCCAGUUUCAGGAUAUCUUAAUCUAUUUUUGGGCAACUAGCGGCGUUUGAAAGCAUACAUAUAUCGACUGCCUCAACUCUUCAGGUGCCCUUCACUUACACGUGCGGUAUUUUACCAUUUUCUGGCGGCAGUAGACUAUAAUUGUUUUACUCCCUCAAGUUGUUUGGAAUUCCUGUUUAUAGAUAUUUGGAAUUCUUCUUAGGAUUUUACCCUCAGUCAUCAGUGAAGCUACCCCGUGGCAGCGGUUGCUGGGAAUUCUUAUCUGUUUUUUUCUUUCUUAGCACUCCCGAUACGGAAUGUAUGAAUCUCCAGCUAUCAAGCUUAGGAGGUCGAGAUUUGAUUUUGUUGAAGUUUUUAGCUUUGGAUGAUCGUGCUCUAAGCAUUGUUCUGGCUAAGAAUAUGUUCUAUUAGUUGAACACUUUGGACUGUAAGUGUCUUGUCACGUUUUUAUGUGUUCCUUGGUGUUUCCUCUGUAUAACAUUUUGCACUGUCCAAAUUAUUUAGACGUUUUGAGACUGAGAAACAUCUUACUUCUGACCAAUGAUUUCUUCGUCAAUCGAUCUGCAGUAGGUACUAAAAUAUGGAACAUCCCACUUCAAAAACUAGAUGAAAAAUGUCAUUUAGUUAAAUAUGGUCUUUCCAGAUGUUCCUUUAGAGUUAUAAAAACUUUAGAUAUGUACAUAUUAGUCCACAAUCCACAUCGGCCUUAUCUGUUUUAAUCUAACUAUUCUUCAAAUCUGAUGCAUUUAUCCUUAGUUUUAAAAGACCUCAUAGGUAACAAAACGCAGAACAACAUUUAUUUCCAUAUUUCAUGGCAGAAACUUUGAAAUCAAACUUGAUUUUAAAAGAUGGAAAGAAGUUUGAUGUUUUCAGUAAAGUAAUUUAUAGUAAAAAUCGCUUUAACCAGUAUUUAUUUGAGAAGAUAUUGUUUUUAUUCGACCAUUCGGUCAAAAGACUGCUGAUUUUUAAGACUUGUUAUGAAUGUAAAAGAGUUGAUUGAUUUCAUGCAGAACAAUUGUUAUCUUAAAAAUACUGAUUUACAUUAUUUACCCCGCAAUACGAUGCUUUUUACAGUCUUAAGUUGAUAAGUGCUGGUAAGGCAUUUCUGUUUAUAACAUUAUUAUAAUGGAGAUAAUUUUAUUGUAGACCUUGAUUUGGAUUUCCAAAUUGUCGCGAGAGAUAUAUGUGACCGUUAUAUGUCCAACAACGCGAUACAUCCGUAUUGAUUUAAGUUUUUAAAUCUUCUAAUUCUUUUAGUAUGAGAGUCUCUUGUAUUAUUUUAAAAAUCCAUUAUGUUUUGGAAUUUUGCAAGCUCACCCAUGAUCGGCGGCGUUAGUUGUACUUGUAUUAGCAUUUAAAGCAAUGUCUUAAACCCAGAUUCACUUAUUUGGUGACUGGUGUUUAAUGUAUCGCUUUAUUAUUUUCAAGCGUUUAAUUCUAUACUUCUAUGAUUAAUGAUGAUGAAUUUUACAUUUUAGCCUUGAACCGCAUAUUAGGUUUCACAAAAAGUCAGAUUUGUGACAAUUUUUGAGUGCCGCGUAACUCUCGGAGAGCUUGUAUUUCCCAUAAAUCUUUAGGUAUUUUGUCUUUAAUUGGAUAUUGUGGUCGGUUUUGAUUGUAGAUCUGUUCAAGAAAUGGGAUUGUUUCUAUAAUUGCGGAUCGUUAUAGUUAGUCUCUUAAAGUUGGAUUCUAAUUUUAAUCUCAAA